UCCGGUCUCUGGUAGGGCAGGCGCGGCGCUCUAGGCCGCCUCCAGCUCUGUGGUGACGGUGGCCGAGGUGGCCGUCGGGUCUGAGAAGAGCGGCGGGAGCCAGCCGAGCGUUCCCUCCCCGGCGGCCCGGGAGGCGCGGCGGGCUCCCUGGCGCCCGGAUCCCGCCACAAAGGGGUUCGCCGACCCGCAGCGGCGCGUGUGGCCACCGGGAGCAUCCCCUGGGGCCGCAGGAGCCGAGGGCGAUGCCCCUCCUAACCCCACAGACCCAAGAGGACAGCGACUACAGCCUGGUGGCCAGCCUUGACAACGUCAGGAAUCUCUCCACUGUCCUGAAGGCUAUUCAUUUCCGAGAACAUGCGACGUGUUUCGCCACUAAAAACGGAAUCAAGGUUACGGUGGAGAAUGCAAAGUGUGUGCAAGCCAAUGCUUUUAUUCAGGCUGGAAUAUUUCAAGAGUUUAUAGUUCAAGAAGAGUCUGUUACUUUUCGAAUAAAUUUAACUAUCCUUUUAGACUGUUUAUCUAUUUUUGGAUCAAGUCCUAUGCCAGGGACUUUAACUGCACUUCGGAUGUGUUACCAAGGUUAUGGCUACCCUUUGAUGCUAUUUCUAGAAGAAGGAGGAGUGGUGACAGUCUGCAAAAUCAAUACUCAGGAGCCGGAGGAGACUCUGGAUUUUGAUUUCUGCAGCACCAAUGUUAUUAAUAAAAUUAUUCUGCAGUCAGAGGGGCUCCGUGAAGCAUUUUCUGAAUUGGAUAUGACGAGUGAGGUCCUACAGAUCACCAUGUCUCCCGACAAGCCUUAUUUCAGGUUAUCUACUUUUGGAAAUGCAGGAAGCUCCCAUCUUGAUUAUCCCAAAGAUUCUGAUUUGAUGGAAUCAUUUCAGUGUAACCAAACCCAGGUCAACAGAUACAAGAUUUCUUUACUGAAACCCUCUACAAAGGCCUUAGUCCUGUCGUGUAAGGUAUCUAUCCGAACAGAUAACCGAGGGUUUCUCUCAUUACAGUAUAUGAUUAGGAAUGAGGAUGGACAGAUAUGUUUUGUGGAAUAUUACUGCUGCCCUGAUGAAGAAGUUUCUGAAUCAGAGUCUUAAGUAUGGCAUUCACUGUGAUCUCUACCUGAAAUAGAUCACAUUCUCAUUCUGGGUUUAGUAUCUCCAUGAUAAUUGGAUUUUUCUAAAGGGAAGAAGCUGGAGGAGAUGGGAACAAGGUCCAUGUAUCCUAAUAGUUGCUGUGUAUUUUGUAAGUAAAUGUUUUCAUGGAGUCACACAUUACCCACUACUGGACUAUGCUGUGGUUCCGUCUUUUGAACUCAUGGGAAUCAUUAUGAGCCAAGAUGAAUAAUCUAUUUAAGUCAGACAUUUCAAGAGUCUAAAAACUUUACAUUUGAUGAAUCCAUACCUGAAAUGUUCUUUUAUUUAUUUACUAUUAGAAAAGGCAGCGGUGUGUAAGUAUUGCUUAUGAGUUUGAAUUGCGAAGAAUAUAUCUUAAUGCAGUGGGUCUUCAAAGUGUGGCACCUAAACCAACAGCAUUGGCAUUACCUGGAAUCUUGUUAGAGACUCUGGAAGUGAGCCAACAGUCUGUAGCAUAGAAAAAUUAACCCCAGGAAAUUCUGAUGCAUGCUAAAGUUUGAGAACCACUGUUUUGAAGGAUACUUUUUUUUGUUUUAAUGCAUUUAAUUGCACGGAAAUUAUUGCUUUUACAAGUGAUUUCUUUCCAAAUGUUCUGAAGUUUAGGCUUUGCCAACAAGUCUAAGUAAUUAAAUGAUUUAUUUUUAUUUUUUUAUUUUUUAAAAUGAUUUAUUUUAAAGUAUGUAUUUUAAAGAAAGCUAUGAACAAGAUAUAAAGCAGACCAGAGUUACAGAAUUUCUUCUUGUUUUCUGCCACUGUUCAGUGCAGUAAGUACUGUAGUAAGUACAUAUUAGAUACCUGCUAUUCACCCAUAAGAGUUUCUCAUCCAAACAAGAUGUAGAAAACCAGCAAUUAAGUGGUUUUGCACUUUCUUGGGUAAUUUUCAGUCAAUUCUUAUGGUGUGUAGAUAUCUAAUAAAAUGCAAUACUAAGAUUAUCUGGCUUGUUUUCUAGUAGAAAAAAAUAUAUAACUGAAAUAAAGUUCCAAUGAGCUGUGUGGUAACAGCUCAUUGGGUAGGCACUGUUGGCCUUUGUGGGUGAGACAGUUUUUCAUGGGGGAAAAAACUCAUCCCAUUGCAGGAUUCAUUGGGCCUCCCUAGCCCCUACCUACUAAUGCUAGUCUUUGUCUUUGUGACCUGUGACCCCCCCCCCAAACCCUGGUAUUUGUGGUAAAGAACAGUUGAGUAAUGUUAAUAUUCAUCAGAAACAUUCAUCAGAAGGGUGUAUUUGGAAUCCUGCCUUAAAACAGGCCACAUGGCAUUAGAGGAGUUUGGAGAGUAGUUCAAACAAAGCACUUCAGGAAAACGCUCCCCCAGAACAGCUGUGGGCACUGCUCCCAAGUCCAUGGGCAGGCCGGGUGUCUAGCCCAGAGUCACUACCUGAUAACUACUAAGUCCCCCAGGUAACCUCAGGAUGCCAGCUGGCACAAAAAGAGUUGGAGUUUGGUCAAGUGUAGUACACGUUUAAGAAGGAAAUGAAUGAAUCUACUAAAUGUUGUACAAAUACUUUUUUAGAUAAACAUCAAGAACAGAAGAAACCUAAAACAUAAUUAUGAGAAUAUUUAAUCAGUCAGAAUUUCAAGGACUAUAAUUUUCCUUUAAAAUAGGGCAGUUCUUUUUGGCUUUUGUUCACUGGUAUGUCCUAUACCUAGAACAGUGCCUAAUAUAUAACAUGUUCAAUAAAUAUUUGUUAGAUGAGAGAACCUCCAUUCAGGUUAUCUUUUAGCAUCUUAUUAGUCACUAUUUAAUUUCAAUUAUUGAGCUCUGAAUUGAUUUCAAUCUAAGGUAUUUUUUAAAAGUUGGACCUGUGAAGAAUUUAAAAUAUAUAUUGGUUUCAUAGGGAGAGACUGACUUUUGCACACUUAAGACAAUCAUUUUAGCUGCACAUAUCGUUAGCUAUUUAUGCUUCAUAAGCUAACGAGUGUAAUUGUUUCUACAUCACACUAACUUCACGGUACUGAUUUAACAGAAUUUCCUAUUUAGUGUGUUCUCUUUGACCUAGGAAUUUACUAGUUUAACUUUGCUUAAAUUCCUAUGAAAGUCCGCUAGGGGGAGUGCUUUCUCAGGCCGACCAGGAGGCAUGGAGACUACAAAUUCACGUGUCACACACACAGAAAAAUAGAAUCUUAUUUUUUUAGACUUUUAGUUUUGCUGUUUUUGAAGUUUAUCUCAUUUUCUUAUUAAAUUGUGCUCACUACAGGAAUAGGUAGUUAAUUUCUCUGUUUUUAAUGUUUUUCCGUGUUUGAUGAUGGUACGCCUCCACCUGGAAUUGAUGAAAUGAUUCAAAAUAAAAAAUAAGAGGAUUUUUAAAAUUCUACCUUUGUAAUAAAAAGUCUUGUAACACA